GUGGCAGAGACGUGUGUUGUUCGGCUAUGUCUGAGAUCAUAAUGAAUUUUAAUAAUGUCGGUACAAUUCUUUUCGGUUUUGACGUAUUUACAAAUAUAUUUGGUAAUGUUUUCAGAUGAUCGACACCAUAUUCGAUUUAGGAAAAUGUCUGGAUUUAUAUGAAUGUCUGUACUUUACCGUUAAGAUGGGAAAUUGCUUCGGAAGCAAUGGUAAUCCAUCCCCUACUCACAAUGGUGGCGAUUCCACACCCCUUCGAACGGUUAAAGCAGCCUCAUCGGAGAAUGGUGCGGUAAGCGUGUCCACACCUGGUAGUUCCACUGUCCUGAACGCCAAUCAGUCUUCAGUCACACCCAUUUCUCAGUCCCCUCAGCAUCAAUCCGAGCAGUCGCUACCUUUAGCAGGGGAUACACAGUCGUCCAACUUAAAGAUUUUUGUAGCUUUGUAUGAUUAUGAUGCCAGGACGGAUGAGGAUUUGAGUUUCAAGAAAGGACAGUAUCUUGAAAUUAUAAAUGACACUCAAGGUGAUUGGUGGUAUGCAAAAUCACGAGCAACAAAAGCAGAAGGAUAUAUACCAUCGAAUUACGUGGCAAAACUAAGAAGCCUAGAAUCUGAACCGUGGUAUUUUGGGAAAAUCAAGAGAGUAGAAGCUGAAAAGAAAUUAUUGUCUCCUGAAAAUGAGCAUGGAGCUUAUCUAAUACGUGACAGUGAAAGUCGAAGAAAUGACUACUCACUAUCAGUCAGGGAUGGAGACACUGUCAAGCACUACAGAAUUCGUCAGCUCGAUGAAGGAGGAUUCUUCAUCGCUCGGCGAGUUACGUUCAGGACGCUGUCUGAUCUGGUUGACCAUUACGGUGGAGACGCUGAUGGUCUGUGUGUGAACCUGAGGAAACCAUGUUCACAGGUUGAGAAACCACAGACAGCUGGCUUGUCGUACAACACCAACGACCAAUGGGAGAUUCCCAAAAGCUCACUGAAACUCAUUCGUAAGAUCGGCCAUGGUCAGUUUGGAGAGGUGUGGGAGGGUCUGUGGAACAACACCACCCCAGUGGCCAUAAAGACUCUCAAACCAGGCACCAUGGAUCCAAAGGAUUUCCUGGCUGAGGCUCAGAUCAUGAAGAAGCUUCGACACGCCAAACUGAUCCAGCUGUAUGCCGUGUGUACACAGGACGAACCCAUCUACAUCGUCACAGAGCUAAUGAAACAUGGCAGUCUUCUCGAAUACUUACAAGGAAAGGGUCGAGUAAUGAAGCUGCCCCAGCUGAUUGACAUCGCUGCCCAGAUUGCUUGUGGAAUGGCUUACUUGGAGUCUCAGAAUUACAUCCAUCGAGAUCUGGCUGCCAGAAAUAUCCUCGUUGGAGAAAACAACAGUGUUAAGAUUGCUGACUUUGGAUUAGCACGUGUCAUUAAGGAGGACGAGUAUGAAGCCAGAGUUGGUGCACGGUUCCCCAUCAAGUGGACCGCUCCCGAGGCAGCCAACUUCAACAGAUUUACAAUCAAGUCGGAUAUCUGGUCAUUUGGAAUCCUACUCACAGAAAUAGUCACAUACGGCAGAGUCCCCUAUCCAGGAAUGACGAAUGCUGAAGUACUGCAUCAAGUUGAGCACGGUUACCGCAUGCCCAUACCACCUGGAUGUCCGAAAACACUGUACGACAUCAUGCUUGAAUGCUGGCGGAAAGACGAAAUGGAAAGGCCGACCUUCGAGACUCUACAGUGGAAACUGGAGGAGUUCUAUCCCUUGUCUGAGCAGCCAUCGGAGUACAAGGAAGCCUCGUUUGUACGAUGAGAGAGACUCUAGUGAAAUGUUUUUAUUGUCACCUCAUUUCCAGACACCAUCUUACAAAAUACAAGAUUCUUUUAGUAUUAAUGCUUGUUUUUGUGAAUGUGCAACCUGUCUAUGUUGUUAAAGAAAGAUGACAUUUUGUAAUAUGAUGCUUCUUUCGUUGAAAGACUAAAUAGUUUGUAGAUUGUAUUGUAUUGUACAAUACACUUUCUUGGCAUGACGUUUUGCAGAUUGGCAUCAGGUUUGUACUAUAAAAUUUACUAUUUUUCCACUAACGUUUUCUUAGUAGGUUGCUUUUUUAAAAGUCUGUAGUUCACAUUUUAGUACAAAAGUGAAGAACGUCAAUGGGGUUCUUUAGUAUUGUAGAAGUUCAUCACAUAUUUCCAGUGAUAAUAUACUAAACAAAAGAAACACAAAUAUUUUAAUGUAUUAUUUUUUCAUGAUACAAAUUAAUCGGUAAAUAAACUUAAAAUGGUUUAAAAUGUUCUCUAGACAUUCAUCAUUUUAAUAGACACAAAAACGGGGAUUUCAAAAUGAAUAAUUUAAAGAAAAAAUUAAAUUAAUAUUUGCAUUUCUUUUGUUGUCCAGUAUAUCUAUCAUGUUUACCAAAUGGAAGAAAUGGAAUAUUUGGCAGAAAUCAUGUUUUAUCACGAUUUGAUGGUUCUGUGGAAAUAGAUAACUAUUAUUUUGUAUCACUGCCAGCAUUUCCUCAUACAGUUCAGGACAAGUUAGGAGACAUAAGUGAUCAACAGUAUUUUUCCUAGGCACCUUCUCAAAAAUGUGAAUGGCAACCAUGUGACCGAUUAUUUCAACCUGAGGUUAUAGUCUGAUAUUCCAUUUCUGCAUUAAAGUACUAAAUACAUCACUUGCAAGCCAUUCUUUUUGGAUAUGCUGAAAAUUUAACAAAUAACCCAAUUUAUUGCUUUGUUAGGAAGCAAGAGAAAUUACAAACAUUUAUUCAGCAGUCUGGAUUCAAAACCUGCUUCUGUAGGAACAUGAGUAGGCAAACUGUCCUGUAACUUGAAAGUGCUUCAUACAUUUUAUAUUAUAUAUAUGUACAUACCAUUGUAAGUUAAAGCACCAUCAGUAGUAGUUUUCACCAGGCUUCUAGUUGUCCGUGUCGGCAUCAUGCACAUUUAGAUUGGAUGUUUUAUUGUUGUAUGUAUAGAAAGCUACGUACAUAUCUUUUAAAAUGCAUAAAAACAAGUCAAUUAUGUAUCAUAUAAACUUUAUAUGACAUUUGUUUUUUAGCAUGCAUGUAUUAAAAUGAUGAGCUCUUUUGAUAACGUUUUGUGAAAUUACCGGUACUUCAUAUAUGUGAAUUGAGGAAUCUUGUGUCUGAUGUGUGUAAGGUAAUUUCCUUGAGGUAAUAAUUUCUAACAAAGUGAUUAUUUGAAACUGUCUAGUGUAUAUUUCUACAAUAAACCUUUCAAAUAGAAAUCAAAGUACAGUCUGGAUUCAAACUUGUUUGAGUGUUGGUGGUUUUAAACUUGGUCAGUGAGAAAAGAAGAGAAAAAGCUGAACAAUCAACUACAUGCAAUCUGUAAGACUGACCAUUGAAAAGAAUCCAGUUUUAUUUAAUAUUAAGUAUGUUAGUUACUUAUUCAGACCAAGAUUCAGCCACAACAUUUUAUGCAUCAUUACUUUUAAAAUAUAAAUACAUUUUAAUUCUUCUUUGUGCAGUUCUGUACAAAUUAUUUGACAUUGGAUGCAGAAAUAAUAUUUUGAGUGGGUAUUUCAUAUGCUAGCAAGACGAGGUGAUUUAUUUGUCAUUCACAGGGUUUCUGGCAGAAUUUUUUUUUUUGGUAUGGUACUAUGAAAUUGAAUAUUUACAAGGUGUGUGCUGAAUUCUACUUCAGUCAUAGGGCAUGUGGGAGGCCUCCCCCAGAAAGAAUAUUGGGUUAGGGGUAAAGAAAAUCAUACAUUAAUGAUGAGUCAUUAAUUUUGUCAAAAGGUCAACUUAAAAAAAAAAAUUACCCUCUGGCAGAAACCCCCCAAUUCAUUUAUAACUGGAGAGGUAGUUUCUUUGUCAUUCGUUUGCCACUUUGGAGAGGUGAUUUUUUGGCAAGCAUACAAUUGGAAGCAAACUUUAAUGUGUAUUUAUGGCCAUUGUACUUUCACUACUCGCAGUUAAAUUUCAUUUAUGUUAUGUAUUAUAUGACCUAUGGUUAAGUCAGUUUAAUCAUGCAUGCCCAUCCAUGGCGACUAUUCUUGUUAUAAACAACUGUGUGCCAUGAUGAUUAUGUUGUCCUUCAUUAGAUGUAGUUGCAUGUAUUAUCAUUAGCAGUCUAGUGACACAGAGUGACUGAUUGAUUGUGCCAUCAUUGAGGUUGUGUUGUUAAAAACAUGUAUGGUGUAUUAAUGCAUGUAUGGACUUUUUUGUAACAAAAACAAAUGCCAACAGAAAUCAGCACCAGUUCUUUAUUUCCCCCCCCACCCCCAACAUAUAUGUGAUGGAGAAAUGAACGAUGCUGUUGAACGAUUUCAUUUAUAUGCAUGUGAAGAUAUCUUGUGCAUCUUUUGAAAUAUUUGCUUCAAAUUAAAUCACCUAUUACUAUUACAAAUCACAUUCAUUGCAUUUUAAAAAUAUAUUUUGUCUCAUCUCCCCCCCCCCCCCCCCCCAAUCUCCUAUUCCAAAUAUUAUUAGCUAGUCUGAAAUUACACGUCCCCCACCAUUGUUAUUUAUAACUAACCAGGGCUCACAAGGGGAUGAAUUUGGUUUUUAACAAUUUUCAGACAUGUAGAGCAUUUCCUAAAUGUGGCUACUUUAAAUACAUUUAGGUUAGCCAAAUACUAAAUGUAGCCACUUUGUAUAAAAAUUAGCAGUUAGCUAAUUUGACUAAGAGCAGGGCGAGCCCUGACUAACGAUAGAUUACUACAGAUGUGAUCCACAUUUCACAGUUCGGGCAAGUCGAGGUUAUAUACAUAAUUGGUGCUCAUUAAUUCAAUAGAUUGUAUGUUUUGUAACAUAUGGAUUGGAAUUGUUAAAUGAAUGAAGGAAUUGUAUUUGUGGGAGGCUGAGUAAUAGGGUUGCACUGGCGAUUCAGUAUUAUAUAUGCCUGUUUGACAAUCCCAUUUCCAAUAAAAUAAAAUUAUUAAAAAUAUAUUAAAGUAAAUGUAUUGGCGGACUUAACAGGAAGGAUUCUAUUGCCAAAUUGAAGAAUUUUAAGAGAAGAGAUUGUUUUAGGGUGUAAAAGUGUUGGAAUUGUAUUGGCAAGAAGUUGGUUUCAAAUGAAAUCCAAAUGCUUUAUUGUCUCAGUGGUUAUUGGGAACUUGAACCUGAAACUUGUUUUACAUGCCUAUAUCCACUAGGGUUCAGGCAUGUCUACCUUGAGUCUGGCCCCUGGCAUGGUCAGCGGUUUGCCCCAAGGGAGAAGGUUAUUGGUAAGACAAUGAUCACUUAUAUAUAGUGUAAUUCUAAUUAAUCUUUUCACAACAAGUGGUGUCUACGUUAGACCAAGUCUUGCUGUUGUGAGUUGGAAGUAAGACAAUCUUGAAAACAAUUGGUGAAUUAUUAAGUAUUGGGCCAUUAAUGCUAUAUUAGCAAGGCAUACAAAGAGGUCGUGAUAUUAAUAGCAUAUUUGGUGCACCAGUCAAGAUUAGAACUGAACAUUGGGGUCAUAUUCAGAAUUCUUCUUGGAAAAAUAUUUUGAAGGACAAACUAGUUGGUAAUUUGUAAAAAAAUAAUUAAAAAUUACUCGAUAAUGGUAAACAGUACACACACAAAAAGCAAGUUACUUACACAAAUCUGCUUGUGUACAUAAGCAUGCUACAUUUAUACUCUGUAUGGCACUUUAUAUAUUGCAUCCAUCAGACCGCCAUGUAAAAACAAUUAAGUGAGUGAUUGCUCACCUAACUUUAUGGUGAGCCAUUUUAGAUAUUACCAUUUUGAUACGAUAUCACUCCUAAAUGGUGAGGUCUGUUGCAUGGAAAAACAUUAUUGACAUUAUUGAAAGGUAAACACUUGCAGCCAAAUGUCAAAACUUUUUUUCAAAAACUGAAUACAAGCAAAUAUUUUCAGUGGUACACCCGGUUAAAUUUAUCCAACAGUUAUACCGAUGAUAUGCAGUAUUUAAUUUAACAAAUUAUAGAGUACCUGUGUGUAGUAUUUAAGAAAUUGUAACUAGGUGAGUGAAAGCACUUUAUCGAAAUACAUUUAUGGUGCUAAGCAUGUAGCAGCUGAAAAUGUAGUGGAAUUAACAAAUUAUUUACAGGAAACUAGCUCAGAUUCACGUGCCAACCCGAAUGAAUAUUUUCAUGUUUAUAUAUUUAUAGAUGGUAGCUGCCUGCACCUAGCUAUUUUAUGUUUAUUAAUGUGAAUCUCCUCAUACCAUUGUGUAUUGUAAAAUAUACCGUCUCGGUGGAAAUAUGUUAACAUUAUUGGUGUAGUGCUUAAAUGUUUACUCGUUGCUAAUAAACAGAAUCAUGUGUGUUUGUUGUGGCAGAAUGUGCAAUCCCAUAUGUCAUGCAAAUCUUAUUUGUACAGCUUGCAGCACUUGCAAGUUUUCUUAUGUAAUAAAUUUCUUACAACUCUU